UUCACCGCCAAGUCUGGAUCGUCGGGCGCCGCCGCGGUUUAGUUGCCGCCCUGCCAAUCAAUCCAAUCAUUCUCUCCCAGCUCGAUAAUUCUACCAUCAUCAUAUCACUUUUAGUUGCUCACGGGUUUAUCACCAUCUGCAUCCAUGGCCCUCCCCACUCCCUUAAUGCUGGAUCCAGCCAUGCUGGCGGAUUCCAGCCUGGUCCACCCCGAAGACGAUGAUGAUUCCGAAUAUGAAUACGAAUAUCAUCCCACCGAGACAGAAACUGUCUAUCUGACUCUCGAUCUCACCUCCCUCCAUGGUCCCAUCCGCCCCCCUCGACGCCGACAACCACAAGAUCCUUCCUCCCUCCCCACCUCCAGUCCAUCCACGCCUUCCCAUAGUCAAUAUCACGAUGACCAACCCGACGCCGCCCUCUCCAGCACCGAAGCUGAUCCCAACAACCCCUCCAUCGCCGACCGUGUCCAAAUCCUAGGCCUUCACACCCCCAACCCCAUCAUCUCCUAUCAGAAUCAAAUCUUCAGCGGCACCUGGGCCGACCAAAUCGGUACCGAGUUACUCAUCGCCCGUCCCGAGGACACAUCCUCCUCACCACCGCACGAUGCAGACCCUUCCUCCUUCACUAGUAGUAGUAAUCCAGUCCCUCCGCUCCGCCACACGCCAAACUACGACCUCCUCGCAGCCAACAGCGUGAAAAUCCUCGGUCGCAAAGCGAACCUCAUAUCCAGCUCAUCCUCCAACGUCUACGCUGCGGAUUCUGCCGCUGCAGAACAACCCAGUGAAACCCCCACCACUGGUGUAAUCCGUAAAAGCGCCCCGCAAACCAAUCAAGCACGAUUUUUAGACCGCCUCGCCAGCCUCAAACGCAGCAAAGGCGAGACCGAUGCUGUGCGAACAACAUUUAGCACAAAGCGGAUGACGAAUCUGGAGGAUCGGCUACGUGGUUGGGCUCGUACCGAUGAACAGCUGGCGCAGAUUCAACGGUUGAACGAGCUGGCCUUAUCCGGGGAUGCGAACGCCAUGGCGGAGCUGGAGGGACUUUAUUCGCGGUUGGGCGGACAAGAUGAUGAGGAAGAGUUGGAUGAGAAUGAGGAUGAGCUGGGACAAUAGGAACUUUCUACUUCGUAUCUCAAUCUUAAUCUCGCGGGCUUAGUUUGGUUACAAAUAGGUUAAGCUAAGCUAAGCUAAGCCCAAAUGCUUGAGAGGAGUGAGAGUGAGAGUUUCCUAUCAGUGGAAAUAUGCUUCCGCGAUACGAAA